AUGCUUGAUAGGCUGGAUGAUGAUCCAUAUGCAUAUCAGCGGAAAAUAAACCACUAUUACCCUUUCCAUGACGAAGGUGAAUGGGAGUUGGGAAAGUUCUUGGUUGAAAACCUCACCCAGACUCAAAUGAUUAAAUUUUUGAAGCUGAAAUGGUUUAACACUCAUGCAAGGCCGUCUUUCAAUACGAAGGACCAGCUAUUAGACUGGAUGGACUCACUCCCAUGUUUCAUGGAGUGGAAAGUCUCCAAAAUGGAAUUUUCAGGUUACAAGACAGUCCAUCCCAUUGAACUUAUUUGGCGCAAUGCACUAGAGGUCAUCAAACAACUCUUUAGUGAUCCCAUCUUCAUGAAUCAUAUGACAUAUACUCCGCACAUUGUCAAUGUUGGAAAUAAGCAUGAAUACGGAGAUUACAUGAGCGCUGAUAUGGCAUGGAGAAUCCAGGACCAUCUCCCUGUGGAUGCGACUCAAGUGCCAAUCAUACUGGGAUCUGAUAAAACUCAUGUAACACAAAUCACCAGAGGACUUGAAAUGCACCCAGUCUUCAUAACUAUCAGCAACAUCAAUUCGGAAGUUCGCUCCAAGGCAACCUUACGAGCUUGGCAAUGUAUUGCCUACAUGCCAAUUGCAAAGUUCCGCGUGCACUCAGACUAUCAAAGCAUUCUCCAGGUGCGGCUAUGGCAUAAAUGCAUGGACCUCGUGCUUGCUAACCUCAAGGCCACGGCAUUGGAUGGGUGUUUCAUGCCUGACUCCUCCCGAUACAUUUGUUAUGUGUUUACACCACUCAUAGCUCAUAUAUGUGACCUGCUGGAGGCUUCUAUGAUCGCUACAGUCACGAAAAAUGCAUCCCCUGUGACUAUGGCGGUGCAAGAGGAUUUUGGCGAUGGGACACUCCACCCCCCUCAUACUGGGGAGCAUACAUUGCGACAGCUUAUCGAAAUAUCCUGCAAGGUUGAUCCUUGGGAUCUUGAUAAGUUCCAGAAAGCAGCCAAGGCUGUCAACCUGUCUGGUGUUCACAUGCCAUACUGGCACAAUUGGAUCUAUGCAUGUCCAUCCAUCUUCCUCACUGGUGAAAUUCUGCAUACCUGCUUUAAAUUUUUUGCUGACCAUCCGCUCAAAUGGGUCAAAGAGGCUGUAGGAGCUUACGAGCUUGAUAACUGCUUCAUCAUCCAGCACAAACGAGUCGGUACACGCCACUUCACAAAAGGUAUCAUGCAGGUCAAGCAAAUGACGGGCCGUGCCACUUCACCCCAAUUCAUUCGCACAAUCCAUGCCAUUGUAGAAUUCAUUUACCUCGCACAGAAUCCAGUUCAUUCAUCUGAAACACUUCAGUCAAUGGAGCAGGCUCUUUCUGACUUCCACUUUUUCAAGGGCGCUAUUAUUGAGGCCAAAGCAAGGAAGGGGAAGGGGGGCAUCAAAGACAAUUUUUUCAUCCCCAAACUCGAACUACUACAAAGCUUCAAGGGUACAGUCCAGCGAUUAGGCACUUUGAUGCAGUUUUCAGCUGAUAUGACGGAGUGCUUGCUCAUCACCCACUGCAAGGAUCUUUUCCAACGGAUGGCCCAGCAGGGCAAAGAUUUUACGGAGCAGUGCAUGCAGAUUCUUAACCGCCAAGAAGCAAUGGAGAUAUUCGACCUGUACGCACUGUUGACUUCCCGUGGGGCGCCGUUGGUCAAUGCCAUGCAUGCCGAAGAGGAUGAGGUUGCGACUACUAACCCCACACUCUCGUGGGUUUCCCGAGUUCUCCCUGAUGAAGUCAAUGGUGAACAUACCCGCUGGGACCCCAAAUAUGGGCAUUAUCAGGCAUGGAACAAGUUUUGGCUCCAACUUCACUCAGCCUUCCAGCAACGUGUCAUCAUGCCAAGCAGGGUGGUUCAAGCAUACCUGCCAAGCAACGAUUUCCCCCUCGGCAACUGUGAUGCUGUUCUCAUUGAUGCCAUGGGCAUUAAUGGCAAAAUGAGUUCCAACCUGGAAUUGCCAUCAUAUCUCUCUGACCCACUUCUCUACAUCCAAUUCUUCCACUUCAUCUCCAGCCCUGACGAUCAUCCUGAACUCGCUAUGUGGACUAUGGAGCACGCAUACACGCAGGAUCAAGAUGGUAACAGGUAUAGGGAGGGGGCUGUCGUACGAGUGACAGAUGUAACACAUGCGGUUGAACUGAUACCAGUUUAUGGUGAGGCAGUGGCUGAUGGCGUGUCCUCUGCAACUUGCUUAGAACACUACGAACAUUUCUUUUUGAAUAGCUUCACAGACAAGGAGAGUUAUCACACAUUUAGUACCGACUUUGUAUAG